GCGUAUAUUUAGCUGAUUGCAUUAACGGAUCAGAUUUAACCUGCAGUCAGUUCUUCAAUAUAGAGUUAAGUCUCACACACUCACACACACAGAGUUUAUGCUGUUCCCGGGCAAACGUCAGUGUUACAGGAGUUAGCGGCUAACUGCUGAAGCUAACAGCAGUUUCUGAGAGAAACGACUGCGGACGAUAUUUUUUUUUUUUAAAAACACGAAAUGUCUUCAGACGAAGACAGGGCCAAGGAGAUUCUGAAAGGCUUCAAAUUAAACUGGAUGAACCUUCGAGAUGCAGAGACGGGCAAAGUUCUGUGGCAGGGAACUGAAGACCUCUCUGUACCUGGAGUGGAACAUGAAGCUCGCGUCCCUAAAAAGAUCCUGAAGUGUAAAGCAGUCUCCAGAGAACUGAACUUCUCCUCCUCGGAAAAACUGGAGAAAUUCAGACUGGAGCAGAAGGUUUUCUUCAAAGGACAGUGUCUAGAAGAAUGGUUCUUCGAGUUUGGCUUUGUCAUCCCCAACUCCACCAACACGUGGCAGUCUCUGAUAGAAGCAGCUCCAGAGUCGCAGAUGAUGCCGGCUAAUGUUCUAACUGGUAAUGUGAUCAUUGAGACCAAGUUCUUCGACGACGACCUCCACGUCAGCACCUCCAGGGUACGACUCUUCUACGUCUGACCCCUGACGCUACAGCUCCACCUUCCGAAAAAUGCUGACGUCCUGCCAAGGUCUCUGAAUUACCAAGGUUAACUGAAAUUUGCAGCAGUAAUCAGUUCAUAGCUGACUGGUGGUGAAACCCGGCUGUGGUCCCUCAGUCAGUGACGUGAGCUUUGUGUUUUUGGUUGUUUUCAUGUUUUUGUGUUGACCUGAAAACUUCUUCUAGACCUUGGGAGGAGAGGGAUGACGACGAGGAGGAGGAGGAGGAGAGAGAGAGAGAAGACUCUGUUGUUUCAACCCCCCACCCUCCCGCCCCGACUUCCAGAUCCUCCCUCUCUCUGCAUGACACCAUCCCCAAACUCCCCCCCCUCCGUCAGACUGUUACAUUGUAAAUACAUCAUUACACAUUCUGCCCUCCCUCCUUCCGUCCCUAAGGUUGCGUUUACUCAGGAACAGAACAUUUAGACUUGUAACCUUCUGCUUUCAGUGUUCAUGGAAACACUGCUCACCACGUGUCGUUUGUUCAAAAAUGAGCUGAACGUUCGUUCUCAAGGGAAGACGCAACUUUGUGUCUCUCGUGAAGCUGUGUCCCGUUUACAGAGGCUUCGUCCUUGUCCUGACAGAGUAAAUCAUCAUGGGUGAAUGUGGACAGGGUCCAGUGACGCAAGUCGGCCUUUAUUUACAUUUUUAGGUCACACAAGGUAUAUUGUUUUCUGGUCCUUAAAGGGGAUUUAUGCUGUUUCCAUCAUGGUACGGUUGGUUUCGGUACAGUAUGACUACCAAGUAACUUGGCUGUGCCCAAUGGCUGCAUAGCAUGACGUCACAACAGACAACAAUGUAGGACAUCCAGCAGCUCUUUUUUUCCUCCUGGGUUUGUGACGUCCAAUCAACUGUCGUGGGUGGGACUGGUCUAGCUCCACCCACGUAGCUGUACCGUAACCAUUUUACUCUGCUACCCCAAGGAAAGGGCUGCCAAGGACUGGAAUGUUACUAUUCCUAAUUUAAACGCAAAAGAUAUACGUACCACACUGUACCAAACCAACUCUGUUCCACUCGAAACAUGACUAUAGGGCUUGGGA